CAAUAUAAUGACUUUGCACCUACCUCACUCACUCUUUAAAAGGACAAUACACUUCAUUGUGAGUGUAUUUUAAUCUUCUUUGUGUUCAUUCAUUGUUUCUCCCUAAACCAACCCUCUCUUUGUCCCUCUUCUUCCGUAAAUCUUAAUUAAACACCCCUCAAGGCCUCAACCAAAAAACAAAAAGCAUGAAAAAGCUCAAUCUAAUACUUAGUAAGUGCAAGAGCUUGUCAAGGCAUCUAGGAAGAUCUUCAUCAUUUAAUAGCCUAAGGUCCAAGUUUGCUAAGGAAGAGUUACGGGAAGGAAAUGGCAUGCAAGAAGGUGAACAUUGUGAAACUGUAUUAUUUGUUGGCAGCACAAGGAAACGGUAUGUGAUAAGCUCCAAGUAUCUGAAUCAUCCUCUUCUGAAAGCUCUCAUCAACAAGUCAAAGCAAAAGGGCAGUGAUGAAAGUGUUUUGGUGGUGAACUGUGAGGUGGUUCUCUUUGAUCAUCUAUUGUGGAUGCUAGAAAAUGCAGAUCCUAAGUUUGGUUCUGACUCUUUGGAGGAAUUGGCUGAACUCUAUGUGUUUUGACUUUUAAGAGUUUCAAAGUGCUAGUUUCAUGCUGAAGCCUAAUGUAUGAAAAUAUAUGUUGGGUUGUGCUUGCCUUUUGCAGAAUGUUAUUGUUAAGAGUCAUUUUUGUUUCCUUUGUUAUAUCUUCAUCUCUAUGAUACAUUAAACGGUUCUGUAAUUGCAUAGCUGAUUUCUGUUCUAACUCAUUUGGUUUUCAAGAGCCAUAUGAUUGAUUAAUGCUAUGAAAUGUUGGUUUAGGUAA